CUUUUACUCUUUGCAGUGUGCGGAAACGGUCUCGACGUGCCCGCAAAUUGUCAACAGUAGAUAGCCCCAAUAUACAGGAAAGCAGCCCAGAUCGACAGACUUUUCCAUCGAGAAACGUACUAGCAGGAUGAAGGUAGUCUCAGCUUUUGCUGCGGCGGCGCUAGCGCUUCUCGGAGCCGUGCAUGCCGUCGACGUCGACAACGGAUUCACGCAGGACGGCUCUACUACCUACUGCAUGGGUGUCAACGGGGCGGUUGGUACACUCAACUUCGACUCGUUGGAAGCCGGCAACGUCGGUCGCUGCCCGGUGGGCGUCACGCUUACACUUACAGCGUCCGAGAUCCACAUGGGUGAUCCCGUCACUGUAAAGUGGUCAGCCAAGGCGAACGUGGGUUUGGCCAAUGCUAUCUUCCCCAACGCUAUCGAUGCGACAACCGGUCUCCCAGGUGCCGUGACCACUUCGUCAUUAUUCGCGUGUACGGCCGGAACCAACUGCGCCACGAACGUCGGUGGAACCCCCACGGGUGCCGACGGAACUAGCACCGGAGCAUUCGCCGCAGACGGCACGAAGGCACUCGAGACCAACACGUUUAACCUCGCCUCUGCUGGCGACUACAUCAUUGUGGGUAUUGUUGCCCUGCCCGGUGACGCCAGCCUCAACCUCGCAGCGGAGGAGUACAUCGUGUUCAAGAAGAUCAGCAUCGUGUCUGCUGACUCGGCCAUUUCGUCCUCGUCGACGUCGAAUACAGGUAGCGUAGGAACUUCUGAUGAUUCAAGUGGCACAGAGGAGACCACAUGGUCGACUACUGCUCCGCCCGUAACAACUGCACCGCCGCUAACUCAGGCGCCGUCGCUUUCCACAGGUUCUUCUGCCUCGUCGUCUGGCAGCAACAACACCACCACGACUAGUGCGCCUGGCAGCACCUCUGGAAACGACUCGGGCAGUUCGGCGGAGCAGGGUUCCGAGGAAAAGCAGAGCUCAGGCGAGGACGAAUCGGCUCAAUUGACGGACUCCUCAACCAAGACAACGAAGGCUCCUACCACGUCCGAUGAUACGACACAGCAAAGUGACCCAGAAUCUUCGGGAGCAACCAAGACAGCUUCGACUUCGACUGGCAGCGGCGGCUUCCUCGGUGAUAACGGCGUGAUCAUCAUCGCCGCACUGGUGGGCUGCUGUAUUGUCGGUGUGGUUGGCUUUGCCUUCGUGAUGCGCCGUCGUAAGGAGCAGCGUAUGCACGCUAACAAGGCAUUCGACCUCAACUCUCCUUCUAUGUCUAGCGACAUGGACGACAGCGGACUGCACGGCCAUGACGGCAAGAUUGAUCUCACGUACGUCGCCAACAUUUCAUCUCGCAACAACAACAAGGCUGCAGAGAACAUGAUGAGUGAGGAGUCCUCAGUCGCUAUUAUGGCUUCAGCAGAACGUGGAUCGGAGCUCAACUCGAGCAACGGAAGCUCAUUGCACUCGCUCCCUAAGAGUAGUCUGGAUACCGACGAGUACUCGGAGAAGGCAAGCUACGGUGCUGCCGGUGCCGCUGCCGCCGCCGCUCACUCGAACGAGGCUGAAAUUGAUGCCUACCGCAUGAGUAACAUGUCGGAGAUCUCGUCCAUCGCGGGCACUCAGAGCGAAGCCUCCAUGUCCAAUUUCGGUGACUCGGUUGUGUCGGCGAGACAGAACAAGUACCUGCAGCCUGGAGACUGGAACGACUCCGAGUCCUCUCGCAUGGACUCUCGUCUGGACUCGAUGGAGCAGGCUGAGUUGAAAGCCCGUGGAUUCGGUAGCAUCGGGGGAUUCAGCACGGUCAGCGGAUUGUCGGAAGACGACACAUCGCGCAUCACGGGCAUGAGCGACCACGACUCGAACCGCAAUAUUGGCUUUUCCAUGUCGUCUUGCCCUACGGUUGAAUCGCGUUUCACCGAGGACUUCAAUGUGCAAGAAGACCGUGCUACGGUUGAGUCACGCUUCGACGACUACCGCGCUACCGAGGAGUCCCGUGUGACGGAGGAAUCUCGCGCUACCGGCUUCUCCGUGGACAUGGGCCAGUCGAGACUACAGAGCGAAGUGUCUGUGGACUCGUACGGUUUCCGAGCAUCGCGCUCGAGCGCAGACUCGUACAGCUCCGGCAUGUCUCCGUACAGCCGAGAGAGCUCGCGUAUCAGUGGCUUCAGUGUUGCCUCGAGUGACAGAUCAAGCAACGCCAGCAAGUACUAG